GUCCUUCGCGGCACUUCGUGCGAGAUAAUUCGUGAGCCGAGACAAAAGAGAAGUCUGGACGCCGGAUAGACCGAGUUUGCUGGCGGACAACCCCGCGUGAGGUCGGUCCCUGACUUGCCAACGGCCCGGUAGCCAUGGCCAGUUCGUUCGAGAAAUCGGUCAAGGGCGCGACCAAGGUCAAGGCCGCGCCCCCCAAGACAAAGUACAUUGAGCAUAUCCUGGUCGCGACACAUUCGGGCGAGGCGGGCAUUGGAGAAGUCUUUAGGGCACUACAAUACCGCCUUCGGGACUCGACAUGGACCGUCGUCUUCAAGAGCCUGAUUACAGUGCACCUGAUGAUCCGCGAAGGCUCGCCAGACGUUACCCUAGCCUACCUGGCCAAGCACAGGAACAUGCUAGCCGUGAGCGUCUUCUCAGACGCGCAAACGCAAGGCCGAAACAUCCGCCACUACUCAAACUAUCUCUCCGAGCGAGCCCGUGCAUAUCGCGAAACCAAGGUCGACUGGGUGCGCAUGAGGGAACCCCGCCUGGAGAAGCUUUCCGUCGAGAAGGGCCUGCUGCGGGAAACGGAGGUUGUCCAACACCAGCUUACGGCUCUGCUCAAAUGCGAUGUGAUGGAGAACGAGCCGGAAAACGAAAUCACAAUCACCGUCUUCAGGCUGCUGGUGCUCGAUUUGCUGGCUCUGUUUCAGGCCUUGAAUCAGGCCCUGAUCAACAUCCUCAGCCACUUCUUCGAGCUGUCCAAGCCGGACGCCGAGAGGGCUAUGGACAUCUACCGGGCGUUUACGAGACAGACCGAUUAUGUGGUGCAGUACCUCAGUGUCGCCAGGCAGUACGAGCACCACACAAGAGUAGAGGUCCCCAAGCUCAAGCACGCGCCUGUCAACCUUGGGCGCCAGCUCGACGAGUAUCUGAAGGAUCCCGACUUUGAGAUCCAUCGGAGGCAGUAUUUGGCUGAGCUGGAGGCCAAGAAGUCAAAAGGGGGUUCGUCGGGAGCUUCCAAAUCGACAAAGACAGAACCCGCCAAAGCCUCCUCCAGCUCAAAGACCUCCAGUUCCCAACCACCCCCAGCUGCCAAAUCGCAGCCCGCCAAGGGCCCGGAUGCUGAUCUCAUCGACUUUUUUGAAUCCAUCGAGCAGAACCAGACGCCCAUGGCAGUCCAGGCGCAGGCGCAGGCGCAGCCCCAACAGCAGCAGCCCCAACUACAAGCGCAGAUGCAGAUGGGCAUGUCGCCAUGGGGCCCAGCGCCGUUCCAGCCGCAGCCGCUUCCCCAACUCCAGACGGGGUUUGUCUCCCAGCCCGCUGGAAUUCCAGCCAGUGUUCCUUUCCCACAGCAGACCCAGCCGUCCUUCGCCCCAGCUCAGCAGCCCGCGCCGCAGAUGCAGCCGGCCUUUACAGGCGCCGGCUUUGGGGGGUUCUCACCAUCGGCGCAGACUAGCUUCCAGCCUAGCUCCCUCUCCCCGAUCCCGCAAAACUCCGUUGCGACCUUCCAGAAUACCGCGGCGUCUGGUUUCCAGGGCCUUCAGCCUCCACAGCAGAGCACCAACCCGUUCCGUCAGUCUAUGCUCAUGAACCAGCAAACGGGCACUCCCUUUGCGCCGGCGCCUGCGAAUACCCAGCAGCGCCCCGCAACCAGCCAGUCCACCAACCCCUUUGCCCGCUCCUCGCCCCAAGCAGCACCGCCCUCUGGUGCCCCAGCCUCGAACUCGCCGUUCCAGUCUCAGCCUACCCAGCAACCUUCGACAGCACCUGCACCUCUGCAGCCGCUGCAGACAGGAACCAACCCGUUCGCAAAAAACUUUGGAACUGCCCAGCCGGCCCCGCCAACACAACAGCAACGCCCCGUCACCGCGGGCGGCAUCCUCUCCCAACCCACAGGCAGCACGAAUCCCUUCCGACAGGGCGCCUUCGUCAACCACGCUACCGGCUUGGGCUGGCAGCACAACCAGCAGCCGAUAGGUGGCGGCCUGGACCAGCUGGAAACCAUCCCGGUUUUCCCGCGACCGGCGCAGCAGACACCAUGGCAGCAGUAAGAAGUCCGACAGACCGAUUUGCUUGGGGCCAGGGAAACGUGGAAGACAACAACAGGCAGGGCUGGGAUCUGAUGGCACACCGUGUUCAUUGAUGAGUACAGCAUAUAGCGCGGCGUUCAAUAGGCUUGCUUUUUUUUGGUUUCGUUUUUUCUUACGCUUUUCCAUCUGA